CCUAGUCAAAGGUCUGCAGAAAUUGUAGUCGUCUGUCCUGCCCUCCUUUCACCACAGAACCCAUACUGUGAACUACCCUUACUUUAUAUACCAAUUGACUUCUACAACGUCAUCAACGUAACCAUGGUCUUCCUCCCUGCCUUGUUCACCACCGUCCUUGCGGCUACCACCGCCGCCGCCGCAUCAACCAACACCACGACCACCACCUUCCCUAGCACCCUCAACAUCACCACCAUUACCGCACACAACAACCAAUCCGCCCUGGAAUGCUGGUCCCUGGACCCAGGCUAUGCUACCUCCUCCCAAGCCGGCGUCUCCGGCACUGCCAUGCUCUCCCUCGGCCCUGUCACCGGCAACGCAACCAACAUUCUCAUCCCGGAGGCUUAUGAUGGUGGUCGGCAUAAUGCUCCGACGAUUCAAUGGGUGUUAUUCCUCUCUGGAGUGGCUCAUAUCACUUUACCCAAUUCGACGGAUGAGGCGUGGGUGGUGGGCGGCCGGAACGGAGCUAUUCUGGCGUUGGAUACGGAGGAGGUGAGUGCGUUGGGCCAUUCCACGGUGUAUCCGACGCAGGAGAGUACGGUUGCUUUGGAGGUGCCAUUGGAGAAGGUCCCGGGGCAUAGGGUGUUGCAUAAGGGGGCUUGUGUGGUGGGGGAGAUUAGUGGUUAGGUGCUAUAUAUACAUCAUCUUAGUAGUUAGUAGUAUAGUAUAGUAUAUAUUGUUGAUGUAAUGGUUAGGAUUUUGGGGGAUAGGAGAUACUAUAUUUAUAGAAGGGUUAGGUACUAGGACG